UACCGACGUUCGAUUGUGUUGCAGUCAGGCCGUUCCGGGGAAGUAACUGGGUUAAAGGUCUUACAGACCACAGUCACAGCAGCGGAUCACCCGGUCAUCUCUUUGAGGAUAGCCGUACAGUGGGACGGAAAGUAAAAAAAAAUGGCCAAACAGCCGCAGCCGAUAAGCCCGCUGAAGAACUUCUUCGCUGGAGGCUUUGGAGGGGUUUGCCUCGUCUUCGCGGGACACCCACUGGACACCAUCAAAGUGAGAUUACAGACUCAACCCAAACCCAAGCCUGGAGAGAGCGUCCUCUAUGCUGGAACUAUUGAUUGUUUUAAAAAGACUUUAGCCAAAGAGGGUGUGAAAGGACUCUAUAAAGGAAUGGCGGCCCCAAUAAUCGGAGUUACACCCAUGUUUGCUGUCUGUUUCUUUGGAUUUGGGCUGGGAAAGAAACUACAACAGAAAACCCCUGAUGAUAUUCUAACGUAUCCACAGCUGUUUGCUGCUGGGAUGUUGUCAGGGGUUUUCACCACAGCCAUCAUGGCUCCCGGAGAGCGGAUCAAAUGUCUCCUACAGAUUCAGGCCUCCACAGGAGAGGUAAAGUAUGCAGGUCCCAUGGACUGUGUCAAACAGCUGUACAGAGAAUCUGGAAUCAGAGGAGUGUACAAAGGCACAGCUCUGACUCUCAUGAGAGAUGUUCCAGCUAGUGGGAUGUACUUCAUGUCUUACGAGUGUUUGAAGAACCUCCUCACGCCAGCGGGGAAAGGCCACAACGAGCUCAGUGUUCCCAGUGUGCUGUUUGCCGGAGGAAUGGCUGGGAUCUGUAACUGGGCUGUUGCAAUUCCACCCGACGUACUCAAGUCUCGCUUCCAAACAGCUCCUGAAGGAAAGUAUCCCAACGGUUUCCGAGACGUUUUGCGGGAGCUGAUCAGGGAGGAAGGUGUGGCCUCUCUGUAUAAAGGCUUCACUGCUGUCAUGCUCAGAGCUUUCCCUGCAAAUGCAGCUUGUUUCUUAGGAUUUGAGCUGGCAAUGAAGUUUCUGAACUGGUUAGCUCCAAACCUGUGAUGGACCAACUCGGCUGGAAAUCCCUCGAAAACACACACACUUUCUGUCUCACACAAACGGAUCAAAUGAAAUUAAGAGAUCUGGACAAUUUUCCAAUAUUGCACUUGUUAAUUUUUUAACUUUGUGCUACUGAGGUGUCGUGACGACUCGGUAACAGUGCCAGUACACACACAAACAGAGACAGUCGAAUGUUCUCGCUCCUUUGGUUUUAGUUAUUUCCUGAUUGUUUUACGUUUGUUUUAUUUUUGUUUGUUUUUUAUUAGAAAAGGAGUGAUGUAAACAUGCUGUGCCUUACCUUUUAUUAUUUGCAAACAGGUGUUCAUAUCAGGGAAAAGGUGCAUUUGAAUUGAGUGUUUUCAGUCUUUCGGCGGUACACGCCUUCACGCUGUCUGCAUCCUGUACGUUUACACCCCAUCAGUGAUCAUCCAGACUACACCUUCUGUUUGUCUAAUAUGAAACUGUAGAGUAAUAAUGAAUGAUUAAACAUUAUAUGAAUGUCAUAUACAGAAAAUAAAAAGCAAAGAUACUA